UGUCACCGGGUAGGUCCUGCUCUGGCACCCCCCGUCUUGCCGGGUCGCCCCUGCACCAACGGCGACUCCACCCAAGAUGGCGGCCACCAGCCAAGAUGGUGGCGGUAAGGGGUCGCCCGCCCCCGCCCCGGAGAGCUACGGGUACUCCGCGACCACGGGCCCGCGGGCCCUGCGGGAGGCGGCCAGGAGGCUCCGGCGCUCCAUGUCCGCGGUGAGGCUGCGCCCAGCCCCGUAGCGGCUCCGGGGUGCGGCUUAGGCCUGGCGGGACGCGGCCGGGGGCAGCACCGCCCCUUCGCUGAUGUCAGCCCGGCCGCCCCGCCCGCUGCCGCCGCCGCAGUGACAGCUCCGCCCGGGCCCAGUCGCGCCCAGCCCAGCCGAGCCGUGCAGCAGGAGCGCGGCGGGUGGGCCGACCAUGGCCGACGACUUCGGCUUCUUUUCCUCCUCCGAGGGGGCUGGCGCCGAGGAGGACCCGGCCGCCGCCUUCCUAGCCCAGCAGGAGAGCGAGAUCGCGGGUAUCGAGAACGACGAGGGCUUCGGGCCGGCCGACAGUGAAUCGGUUACCGCCCCGGCCGGGCAGGCGGCCCCGCCGGAACCGGCUGGUUUCCAGAACGGAGGAGCCACUGUCAACGGAGAUGUCUUUCAGGAGUCCAAUGGCCCCACAGACGCCUAUGCAGCCGUAGCCAAGGCUGACCGGCUGACCCAGGAACCUGAGAGCAUCCGCAAGUGGAGGGAGGAGCAGAAGAAGCGCUUGGAGGAGCUGGAUGCGGCAUCAAAGGUGACUGAGCAGGAAUGGCGUGAGAAGGCCAAGAAGGACCUGGAGGAGUGGAACCUGCGUCAGAAUGAGCAGAUGGAGAAGAACAGGGCAAACAACAGGAUCGCUGACAAAGCCUUUUACCAGCAGCCGGACGCCGAUGUGAUUGGCUACGUGGCCUCGGAGGAAGCAUUCCUGAAGGAGUCCAAGGAGGAAACCCCAGGCUCCGAGUGGGAGAAGGUGGCCCAGCUCUGUGAUUUCAAUCCCAAGAGCAGCAAGCAGAGCAAGGAUGUCUCGCGGAUGCGCUCGGUGCUCAUUUCCCUCAAACAGACACCCCUGUCCCGCUAGCUGCUGCCUGGCAUAGGCAGGAGUGCAGCAGGGCAAGGCCAAGCUCACUGAGCCGGGUAGCUUUGUGGGGCUGGCCCAGAAUGGGCCAGCCCUACCUGUCCCGUGCUCCCUGGUGUGCACUUCGGCUGUGCUCGAGUCACUGGUUGUAACUCUCACCAUGGUUUUCCUUUGCUUAAAUGGUCUCUUUUUACACUUA